GUGGGUGGGUUACGUUUUUAGCCGCGCCGUCCUAAUCUCCAUUGCCUCGCAGAGGCGCUAGGACCCGGCGGCGUGUGCGCUGCUUUGCCGGCGGUGCGGCGGCAGCGAGACUCCAGCGCUCUAGCGCUCCCCCAGAUUCCUGCCUGAACUUCCACAGCUGACGUCAGCUUGCAGCCCUGGCUCUCGCCCGCCGCUCCUGACAUUCUGCUGAGAAAAUGCUGCUCUCUGUGCCGCCAAGGACAGGAUUCAGUCCCUACAACGGCUAUAACAACAGAAACAUCAAAAAGCAGAUCUAUGUGUCCUCCUCCCAGCAGAUGGCGCCACCCAGUCCCAGCACGAACAGCAGCAGUAACAGCAGCAGCGGAGGAGGGGAGCAGCUGAGCAAAACCAACCUGUACAUCCGUGGGCUGCACCCGGGCACCACCGACCAGGACCUGGUGAAGCUGUGCCAGCCGUAUGGAAAAAUCGUUUCUACAAAGGCCAUCCUGGAUAAGACUACCAACAAAUGCAAAGGUUAUGGGUUUGUGGAUUUCGACAACCCUGCAGCUGCCCAGAAGGCUGUCACUGCUCUGAAAUCCAGCGGCGUUCAGGCUCAGAUGGCCAAGGUAAUCUUUAAGCAACAGGAGCAGGACCCCACUAACCUGUACAUCUCUAACCUGCCCGUGUCGAUGGACGAGCAGGAGCUGGAGGGCAUGCUGAAGCCCUUCGGACAGGUCAUCUCCACCCGCAUCCUGCGCGAUGCCAACGGGACCAGCCGCGGAGUGGGUUUCGCCAGGAUGGAGUCGACAGAGAAGUGCGAAGCCAUCAUCCAGCAUUUUAACGGCAAAUACAUAAAGACCCCACCGGGGGUACCAGUUCCCUCGGAACCCUUGUUGUGUAAGUUUGCGGACGGAGGGCAGAAGAAGCGACAGAAUCAAGGAAAGUACAUCCAGAAUGGGAGAGCCUGGACCAGGGAUGGGGAGACGGGAGGAAUGACGCUAACGUACGACCCAACUACAGCCUUACCGAAUGGGUUCUAUUCCUCUCCCUACAGUAUUGGCCCGAACAGGAUGAUCGCACAGACCUCCAUCUCCCCCUACCUCCACUCACCUGUCUCUUCCUACCAGGUCCACAGCCCCUCCUGGAUGCAUCACCAAUCAUACCUCAUGCAGCCUGCUGGCACAGUACUGACUCCCACCAUGGACCACACCAUGUCCAUCCAGCCCACCUCCAUGAUGGGACCCCUGGCUCAGCAGCUCAGCCACCUCUCGAUGGGCAGCACUGGCACCUAUAUGCCGGCCACCACGACUAUGCAAGGAACCUACAUCCAACAGUACACAGCAGUGCCUCCUUCCAGCGUCGCAGUCGAGGAAAGCAGCAAUCAGCAACAGUCGCAGGUUGCCAUAGAGACGCCGUCUGAACACACUACCUAUUCCUACCAGCACAGCAAGUGAACCCAAGCAGAGGACAGGUUUGUUCAGCAAGCAAAUUCAAAUGGAAACACAAAAAGGAAUACAGACUGCCAGCUCUGGGGGAAAAAAAAAGUCUCUUCAGGACAGAACUUGAGAGCAACAGUUAUUUUCUUUUGAAAAGAAAACACUUAUAUCGUCACAGACUUUUCUUAAGUCGAACAACCAAAGUUGGGAGAUUUCUGUGAAGGAGAUAUCUAUUUUGAUAACAGAAAACAAAUAAAAAGGUUAAAAAAAAAAUAGAAAAACAAAAAAUGUUAUUUUUGUGCACGUAAUAUAACAAAAUUCUUAUUUUUUAAAACGUUUUGGAGAGUUGCAGAAACGUGUCUUUUUUUUUGGUUUGGUUUUUCUAAAAAGAAAAAAGUUUUUUGUGUAAAAUAUGCAAUCUGUUUUUUUUUUUUUUUUUGACAUUUAUUAGCUGCAGUUAGACAAUUUUGUACAGAUUCAAACCGUGUGAUCAAUGCAUUUGUCAAAUUGUGCGAUGUUGUAGAUUUCAGCAUUUUUUAUAGUUCUUUUAAAAUAGAGAAAAAAAAUACUAACAAAAAAAACGCAGUGUAAAGUAACUUCUUUAUAAUCUGUUCCCAUUAAAAUGAGAAUACAAUGCAGGCAAUAGUAGGGCUGGAUCAAAUUAAAAAGUGACUGUAAUACAAAUAUUUUAAGGCAUUUUAAUUUGACUGGCCACAUUUUUGCAAUUUCUCCCACUCAAAAGAUAUUCAGAACGUAAAAAAGCAAAAGACAAUCAAAGUAUUUAAAUAUAUGGGUGUUUGUGGAAAACAUAACAGCCACAAAUCAAUUCUAGAAAGCAGCUGUUAUUGAAUAUUUCAACGGAAAAGCAUUGAACAUGAUUAAAUAAAAUGCAUUCAACUGUUUAAUUUCCGCGAUAUUUCUGAUGAAGAUUAAUUUACGGCCUUAAGGUCUAUUUUAAUGAUCUAAACUGAGUCUAAAUACCACCGCUUUGCAAUGGGAACAGAUUUGAAAAGGUGAUUUGAAGCUGUGUAAGUAGACGUCAAAACGCUAAUGUGAAUUUGCUUGGUUAAAUAGAAUUGUCUUAGUCUAGCGAGUAGUUCCGUACAGGAAAGUAGAAUUGCUAAGAAUCAAUAAAUAAGUAAACACUU